AUGUUUUUCUUGCAGGAAUUAAUGCAGCCAAAAUCUGGGGCCAAUGGGACAGCCGUUACUGAAUUCAUCCUGCUGGGCUUGGUGGACACACCGGGGCUGCUACCACUUGUCUUUGUGCUCUUCUUCUUUGCCUACCUGCUCACAGUUGGGGGCAACCUCAGCAUCCUGGCUGCCAUCUUGGUGGAACCCAAACUCCACACCCCUAUGUACUUCUUCCUGGGGAACCUAUCAGUGCUGGACGUUGGGUGCAUCACUGUCACUGUUCCCUCAAUGUUGGGUCGUCUCUUGUCCCACAAGCGUGCAGUUCCCUAUGGAGCCUGCCUCACACAGCUUUUCUUCUUCCAUCUCCUCGUUGGUGUGGACUGCUUUCUGCUAACAGCUAUGGCCUAUGACCGAUUCCUGGCCAUCUGCCGGCCCCUCACCUACAGCACCCGCAUGAGCCAGAUGGUCCAGAAGAUACUGGUGGCUGUGUCCUGGGCUUGUGCCUUCACCAAUGCACUGACCCACACUGUGGCCAUAUCCACGCUCCACUUCUGUGGUCCCAAUGUGAUCAAUCACUUUUACUGUGACCUCCCACAGCUCUUCCCGCUCUCUUGCUCCAGCACCCAACUCAACGAGCUGCUGCUCUUUGCUGUUGGCUUCAUAAUGGCAGGUACACCCAUGGCUCUCAUUGUCACCUCCUAUGCCCACGUGGCAGCUACAGUUCUCCGAAUCCGCUCAGCGGAGGGCAGGAAGAAGGCCUUCUCCACAUGUGGUUCGCAUCUUACUGUGGUGGGCAUAUUUUAUGGUUCCGGUGUCUUUAACUACAUGCGUCUAGGCUCCACCAAGCUUUCAGACAAGGAUAAAGCUGUUGGAAUUUUUAACACUGUCAUCAACCCCAUGCUGAACCCAGUCAUCUACAGCCUCCGGAACCCUGAUGUGCAGGGUGCCCUCUGGCGGGUGAUCACAGGGAAGCGGUCACUGACAUGA